ACUCCAUUCGCGACGUUGGCGUGGGAGGCUUUCAAGGCACGAGCAAGCUGGUUUCGUUGGAAGUCCGUUGGACCUGGCAGCUUCGUACUCAGAAGCAACCUGGGUGUGCUGCUGCAGGUCACGGGAAGCUUGGAUGGUGUGGAUGCUGGGCUCCAUGUGGAGGACGCUGGGAGGCGAUCCGUGGCUGAGGCAACGCUUAGAAGGGGAGCUGGAAGCCUGCCGGACACGCUCCAUGUCCAGGUGGUCAGCGAGGGAGCGACCGACCUGGGUCUUGUCUUGGCGGCGCUUUUGGCCGUGGACCGCCUGCAG